AACACAGGCAUUCACAUUCCACAGUCUUCUCAAUUGGGUAAACACAGAACGAGGCAAAAACCCACCACAGUCUUCCCACCUUUUCCUCUCUUUCUCUCUCCAACCUUUCUUUAAUCUUAAUUCCGGCGCCACCUCUCUUACCAGCCACUCGCCAUGAGCGGUGCUGCAAUUUCAGACCCUAAUUCUCACCCUCCCCAAGACGACGACCACAACAACAUCAAUGACUACAAUCCCAUUUCAGCAUAUUCCACCACCAGCAGCGACAGCGCCGCCACUUCCUCCGCCGGGGGCAAUAGUAACGUCAACACUAGCAAGAGAGGUAAAGGAAAAGGCGGCCCGGACAAUAGCAAGUUCAGGUAUAGAGGAGUCCGGCAGCGGAGCUGGGGUAAGUGGGUGGCAGAGAUCCGGGAGCCAAGAAAGCGGACGCGGCGGUGGCUGGGUACUUUCUCCACGGCGGAGGACGCCGCUCGCGCAUAUGACCGUGCAGCCAUUAUACUUUAUGGCUCAAGAGCACAGCUAAAUCUCCAACCCUCUGGCGGCGGAAGCGGUGGUAACGGUGGUGGUUCGUCUUCCCAGUCCUCGUCUCGAUCGAGCUCCUCUUCAUCGUCCUCAACGCAAACCCUUCGCCCUUUGCUCCCUCGCCCGUCAGGAUUUGGGCUCACAUUUUCGACUCCGCAGCCGCAGCUGGCGCCCACGGCGGGGGGAGUGGUGGGGAACUAUGUGCAGUACGGGUUGUACCCUGCCGUACAUUAUAACCCUAACAUAGUACCGCAAUUACCGCAACAACAGAUGAGUUCUAUGGUGCAACAACAGUACGGAGCGGGGGAUUUGAGGGUUGAUCAGUCUGACCCCACAAUUAGGGAACCCUCAGAGACAACAUCAUCUUAUCCAAACCCUAAUAACAACAUUGAUACUUAUCAUCAUCAGCAACAAAAUCAGGACUUGCAACAUUUGCAGUCCGUUGGUUACGAUGAUAUAAGUUCACUCGUGGGCUCUGUCGGAUCGAGUCUAUCCAUCACGCCCACUGAAACAGUGGCGGCGCCGGCGAUAUCAGAUCCGGCGGCGUCGUUGAACGGGUACAUGACCUCUCCGCCAUGGCCGCUGGCUGGUGAAGAUGAGUAUCCUACGAGCAGCAUUUGGGACUAUGGGGAUCCGUUCUUGUUUGAUAGUAUUUGAAAUCAAGGGUUUAUGCAUCAUAAGGCCAUGAAAAUGGGUCUUGCAUGGAUUAUACAACACUGUUCAAGAACCGGCCUUCUCAAGGAGAAUUGAUCUCAGACGCAAAGUAUUACUGAAGAUUAUGUUGGAAUUGUGUUCAAAUUCAGACAUAAAUUGGAAGAUCAGCAAAUUAAGGUUGCAGAUUUGCAUGAUUUUGAACUGGAGGUAGAUGAUGAUCAUCAUUAUAAGAUGGAGAAGAUACGAAAAAUGUAAUGUUUUUUUAUCAGGUAAGUCUCAGCAUAAAUAUCUUGAAGACCACUCUUGUUUUUAUUGCAUAUAUAUAUAUAUUAUAUCUCUUUUUAAGUCCAGAUCCUUCACGAAAAGCAAUGGAAGAAGCUCUGAUCAGGUUCAAACUAGCUAGGGUUGGAGAUGAACUGAUAUUUGGUGGGCUAUAGAGUCGUCGUUUCGAUAAGCGAUUCUCUUUGAUUAGUGGGGAGUUGAACUUAUUUCCUCAAGAAUAUGUAGUCGUCUUCUUUAAUUUACGAGUGCUUUUGAUUGAUUGAAGCCACGUACUGUAGUUGUCUAAGUGCAAAUUAGCUUCGCUUUUGGUGUUUGCGAAGCUUCAGAACUUGGGUAUAAAGUUUGCAGAAAUUCCUGUUGUCCUUGAUCCACUUCUGAUCAAGGGCAAUUUUGUCUGAGAAUAGAAACU